CCCACACCGGAGAACGCGUCUGCCGCAUCUCAGUGAGUUCGACGCCGGUGCACCACGUACGUCACAUUCCAGUCGGUCGUCGUCGUCGCAYGUUUUUUUCUCGUCACGAGAUUUUUUUCAACAACAUAAUAUUAUAAUAUUAAUUAACAGUAUUAUCUAUUUAAAUAUUUUUUUUUGUCGCAAAUGAUUUAAAAAAAAAAAAUCACCGGUCGAAUUCCGUUUUUGGAUUUUUUUCGUUUUUACCGUCUUCUGCUCCUACGAAGAGGACACACCACGGCUGCAGUUGCAGCAAAACGCGUUCACACGUAAAAUGCAUAUUUUCGAAGAUCAACCGGCAACGAUGAUGCAUCACAAGUUGACUUCGAAGAAAAUGGAUUACUCGCACUGUCCGCUGAAGAAACGUCCCGUGAACUUUGUCAAGUACGAGUACAUCAAAGAAGAGAUGGAUUAUGACAAUACGGACGAAUGCUUGGAACCGGAAAACCUGAGCACUAAACCUCAAGAUCUGAGCGUGAAAUGCAAAUCGGAAGUGGUCGCGUCAGUGGAGGUGAAAAAAGAACCGCCGCCUCCGUACAGGCAGCACGAAAACGCGGUGGCGCCCUUGACGUCGUCGUCGUCGCCUCCGUACUACAUCCCAAGCCUACAAUUACAACAACAACAGCAGCAACAGCAACAACAGCAACAGCACCAACAGCAACUACGGCAACAAGAACAAGAACAACACAACCACCAACAGCACCGCCAACAGCAACCGUUCCAACCGACGGCCGUCAAGGCUGGACCACUGGAACCGUUGUGCCUAAACAUCGCGGUCGAUCACCACCCGGCCGCCRCGCAAGCCGCGGUAGCGUCGUACCAUCAACACCAUCACCGGCACUACGUUCCGGCCAUAGCGCCAAGGCCCGUGCCCGCCCAGUACCCGAGCACCGGUUACUUGUCCGGUUACAUGUACCAUCACGGCGGAAACGGUAACGCGAUGUUGAUCGCGGACAGGGCGUACCCCGUGACUGGAGCAGCCGCGUACCCGCCGGCCAUGAUUGCCGUGGCCAGAGACGCUUCCCAAUCACCGCCCGGCACCGUGGUGAGCCGUAACGGUUCCGCGUUCAAGCCGCUCAUGCAUCCUUCAAAUAAUGCCAAUAACUACGAAAAAGAUGCUUCUGAAUUUUUGGCUUUAUCAAAAGACAUAAAAACUUCAAUUAUUACUCUAGAUAAAUCACAUCAUAAYGAAUCAGAAGUAGUAGAUAAUAUUGAGUAUAUUUUAAUGAACGAUUAA